AUGGCGGCUGAGGAUCUAGAAUUGUUGAAGAAACGAUUACGACAUUGUCAUCGCCGCCGGUAUGCCCCGCCGUGGUCGUGGCCCGUGGAGGUCACGAAGUUGCUCCUCUUCCCCACCCACCUCUUCCGCCCAGGCCUCUCUCGCGAGGGCCUAGGCUCCACGUGGCGAGCACGCGACCCCGACCUCCUGGACUUCGAGGCCCAGGCAGCCCGACCUCGACACCGCCGGCUGGUGGUCGAUGAUGUCGAGGCACGCGUGGGAUAUGAUAUGUUACUACAACUACUUGCACAUAUCCGAGCUAGGCAGCUACUCCCACAACAGGCACGCACCAGCCACGCCAUAGCAAUAAGCAAGCCAGGCAAGACACCUACGGGCAACACGGUCAUGGACAUCACACGGUCUCGAGGAGCGGAUGAGCACUAUGAUGAGCUACUCACGCACCACAGGAGCACGGGCAUUCUCUACUACGAGGCUAGCGAUGGCGACCUCCAUGAGGACCUCCAAACGAUUCUUGGGCAUCCGCAUUUCAGGGGGCUGAGGGGCGUCUGGGAGCCCCGCACGUUAGGUGCCCUGUUCAGCAUCAACACUGAGGCCUCCGAGCACUUCGAGAACCAGCGCCCCGCGGACGAGGUGCUGGGGGAGACCGAUAGUGAAGAUGAGGAGCUCGGAUGCCGUGCCAGAUUCUCGGCGAAGCGCGAGCUUGUCAAGCGCCAGAUCAACGCGACAACGCUCGAGGGCCACGGCGCUCCUCCCGUCCUCUCGCAGGCCCACUCGGACGCGAGGUGCUGCCGCCGCCGGCUUGGCGACCAGAGGACACCCCAGAAGAACGAGAACGGCUCCGAGCGGGCUAUCAACGGUUGGCAGAGCUUCGAGAACAACGCGCUGAACGACUACGACGGCAGCCACAGGGACAUCGGCUACCACGAGUGCGACGGUUUGGCGCCGCCGCCCGCGAAGAACCCGCGCAAGGGCGACAGGGGCGGCGACCGCGUCAUGGGGGAGGUGGACACGCUGAAGGAGAAGGGCGGCAAGAGCGGCGGCAAGGGCGGCAUGAGCGGUCAAGGACACCGAGGCGGCAGGAGGCGCAGACGCGGUCACCGCAGCGAUAAGACAUGGACAUCGAAAGACCAGAACUUGAUGCAGCGCUUGGCGAUGCUGACGAAGCCCACGCUUCAAACGACGUUCAGGCAACGACUGUCAUCGGCCACGACGAUCGACACGUUCACGAUCCCCAAGACGCACCGCGUGGUCCAGAGGCUCGAGGCGGCGAUGAUCGAGCACCGCAAGAAGGUGGAGGCAGCCCGCCCGAGCGGCGCCGAGGCGCUGCGAGGGGUGGGCUCGCCAGUGGCGAGCCUCGUGGUCGGCCUUCUAGAGAGUCUGAUGGAGUGCGAUAUAGGUGGAAAAGCGAAGGCCGACCACGGCAAGCACGUGGAACAAAUCAUCCCAGUCAAUGGAGAGGAGCCGCCGAUCACAAGAACCCACCUGGAGCUGGACGCGGCGGCCACCCGCAUCGAGAGAUGCUUCGACGAGGAGAAAGUGAAGCUCCAGGUGGCAGCGCCAGUGUGGCCCAUGCGGGGCACGGUCACGAACGCCUUCAUCCCGGAGGGAGUGGCCCAGCGCCACACUGGUGUAGCCCCGCCUGGAUGGCUGGAAGACGAGAUGGCGUCGCGGCUAGAGGUCGUGUCGCACCAGUGGUUCUCCUGGGACGCGCACCACCGGGACGCGAGCCCGGGGAGCAGCGCCCUCGGCGGGCGGAAGCCCGCCGCGUCGGCGCGGCUGCCAGUGGACGAGCCGAACGUCCACGUCAAAGAGAGGCGGCAGGAGCUCAUCCAUCGCCUGAACAUGGAGCACACGAAGGCGACGGGCGCCAGGCAGAGCUGCGCCCCUUGCCUGGGCCGGCGGGCUCGGCGCGGCCUCUGCGUGGAGGAGGCGGGGGCGAAGACGUGGUACGAGUGGUGGGACAGCAACAGGUGCAGGCAGCGCGGCUUCCUGGAGCCGUGGGAGCGCUCGGGGCCGUCCCGGAGCCCGUGGUUCUCGCAGGGCCAGGACGCGGCCAACCUGAGCACCUUCACGAACAUGCUGCGGGAGCACGGCGUCGACCCCUCCGAGUUCGGCGUCGGCUCGGCGCGCACGCUGCAGCAGCUCGCGGGCGAGGUGCAGAGCGGCGCGGCGGAGCUGCUGCUCGACGCAUCGGAGCACAAGAAGCUG